AUGGCUCCUCCACCUUCCAAGACUUUAGAGAUCAACCUUAUUUCCGUUCACUACCAUCCCCAUGUCUCCAAACACAUGAAGACCUACGCCAUUGCUUGGGUCCAACAAGACCGGAAGCUCUCCACCAGGACAAUGAUGGGGGAAGGAGAAAGGGGAAGAGGAAGGGGAAGACAGAAGACUAGAACCAUAAAGAUUUACACGGCGACCUGGGUUAGAGAUGCUCUCAUUGGACAAGUUAAAGUCUUCUUCAGGAAAUUUUUGGACUUGGAUGCUGACAGCACCGCAACUAACAACGAUGCCGCUAAACCUGUCGCCCUUCAAAUCCACCGUCCUUCUGGCCGACCCCAAGGAAUUCUCAAAAUGGAGCCUUCCCUUGAUUGUACUCCCUUGCUGACCCAAAACCGGAAAAUUCCCUUAAACCAAUUCCGAAGCUAUCUUGCAACAGAAGAUAACACCAGCAACAUGGUAAAUGGCAACUCUUCGCUUUGUAGCUCUGACGUCAUCCCUUCAGCUUCCGUCGUAGCGGUUGUUGAAAUUCAAAGUUGCUUUCGAUGGAUGCACCGAAAAGUUGAAAAAAAAUUCCACCUUUUAGAAAUUGUCAAAAAGUUGGUUUGA